AACAACUUAUGUACAUGUAUUAAGCCCAGUUUUCCCACCACUAGGGUCAUUUAACACAUUUUGGUAUUCAACAUUGUCAUGGUUUCAGGUCUGAAGGCCUCCGAGGUGUUUCUGGAGAAGUUGAAGUGUCGCAAGUGUGGUUACCAAGGUUACUACGAGCAACAGUACCAGGACCACAUCGCCACUCACACGGAGGACAUUCUUAAAUGCAAAUGCUGCAAGUUUGUCACCUUCGAAAAAGACGAUCUCAUAGUGCAUUUUAAGAAGAACCAUCCCCGUUGCAUCUGCAGUUACUGUAACUACAUGUCUGACCAGGCCUACAUUAUCAAGAGACACACCAUGAGGCACACGCAGGAGGGCUGUAAAUGUGAUAUCUGUGGCAAAGUGUACAAGGACCAGUAUGUUAUGAAGAUGCACGUGAAAAUGGUGCACAUGCCUGCAGACGUUCUGUACGAGUGUAACACGUGUGCCAAGAAGUUCUCCAGGAAAGCCCACUUAAAGCGACAUUUGCGAAUACACGAGCCAGAGAAGCCAUUUAAAUGUCACCUGUGCAACUACAGGGGUUGUGAGAAAUCGGACAUCACGAAGCAUAUGCUGAUACACGAGGAGCCAAAACACGUGUGUGAGGUCUGCAGCAAGUCCUUCAGGCAUCUCAAGAACAAGGAACUCCACAUGAAACGGCAUUCUGGUCAGAGAGAUUACAAAUGUGGUGUCUGCGAUUUUUACGGGUACACAUUCACAGAUAUACGUAAACACAUAGAACGGAAACACACAAACACCAGAGCACAAGUCUGUGAUAAAUGCGGAGGCAUGUUCCAAACAGAGGAGCAAUAUAGGGAGCACAAGGCUCAGCAGUGCGAGGUGAUGAUGAUCGAGCAGGCGUUGGCAAUAGCAACCACCAAUGGUGGUACAACACAGGCCACGAUUCAGAUCCCUUGCAACCUGACUCUGGACUCUGUGAUUCACAUCGACAGUCAGAACAACGUGGAAAUGGGUCAGGACGGAGUAUUGAACGAUGGCUCUGCAAACAUGUCAGGUGAAGGUCAAUUCAAUUUGACGGAAGAUCAGAUUCGUGCCUUAGCAACAGGUCAGUUAACAGAGGCUGACCUUCAAGCCUUAGUGGCACAAUCCCAGCUGAGUUCCAAUGAGUUGCAGGAGCAGGUAACCAAUGGCGACCAUGGUGACAUGGCAAUACACAUGACUGAGGAACACAAACAGAUGCAAGACUCCUACAGUACAAACCUGGAAGAACGUUCCACAAGCAGGAGCUUGUUGUUCAAGCAUGCUGCAGACUCUCUUACAGAUGAAGACGAGGAGGAGGAGGAAGAGAUGGAAGAAAACAUGGAAGUUCAGGGGGAUGUGGAAGAAGUGCUAGAUAAUGGCAUGGAAGGAAUGGAGAGUGACACAGAUGAUAAAACUAACGUCAUGGAUAUGGUGAACAUCAUAAGAUGAAGUGUGGUGGGAGCAGUACAUGCACAAUAUUUGCUGCAAGGAAAGGGUACCUUUAAGGAAAUAGAUCAUCAGGUGAAUUUGGAAGAGAUGCUUGAAAGUCAUAUGGGGGGAAGGGAUAUGGCGGAGGUGAUGAAAUGAAAUUUCAUGGAUAUGAUGAAAAUCAAAUGGUGAGCUGUAGUUUUAGUCUCAACGCACAAGCUUUGUGCUGCCUUGUAAGGAUUCUUUGAAGUGGAUAUAUCAUCAGUGGAAUGUGAUAAUUGAAUUGAAAGAAGGAAAAGUUGCCUGGAUAAUAGCACAAAUGUCACGGACUUGGUGAGUGAUAAGAUGAUCAUAUUUAUCCUAUGCAAAGGUGAGAAAAUAAACAUGCAGGAACGAAUGGGAAGCAAUGUGUCAAAAAUGUCAUUGGAAUAGAAAGUAUCAUAAGAUAUCAAAGAAUGCGUACAUUGUCAUUGAUUGUUUGUAUGGAGUCAAAAAUGGUCUAUUAAAUGUCAAAGAUACCCUUGACAAAUGAGUUUAAGGGACAGAUACAUUGAUGUCAAUGACAUUCGAUAGUCAUAAAUAUUAUUGUUGCCAUGCAAAUAAAAUACAAAAGAGUUAUAUCAAGUUAAAAAAUGAGUUCCUUGACAACACAUGGCUGGUUAAUAGUGACCAGUGAAAUAAUUGUUUUUUUAAGUGACCAUUAUUCAGGGAUAUACAUGUAUGCUAAUAUACAAUAUUUAAUUUCAUGCAAAGUACGUGCCAAGAGAAAAACAAGCUUUCUUUGCUCAUCUAUACUGAUCAGAGCAUUUGUGUUUCAAAGGACACACCCUUAUGAUCAUGUGAUGGUUGUGAUGAGAAGUACAAAAUGGUGGCCAAUAUAACCUAUGAAGGUCAACAAUCCAUUGUAUUGCCUUGUAAGUUGAAGAGCAGGUAAAAUAAGUGAAGGGUAGCAAAAGCAAACAAUUAGAAAGGUGGAAUUGGUCAAAGGUCUGAUUAUGUGAGAUAAUUUUUUAAGGAUUUUUUUUUGGUUCAAAUUUAUGCUUGACCUUGAAAAAAGAAAGAAACUGUUGCAUAAUAGCAUGAUCUUUUUGUUUGUAUUUGUGAAAGUUUUUUUUUUAAUUGAAUAUUUAUUAUAAAGAAUUAUAUUUAA